GUUUUUUAGUCUUGAUAGAACUCCCCGUGCGUGAGCGCCGCUAGUGGCUCGCCUUCGGUUUUUGAUCUCCGUUUUGCGGUUAGCAACGCGUUCCGUGUUACUAAAUUGUUAUAAAAAGUGGGAAAUUCUUCACGUUUUCACCUUUUCCGUGCUCAAAAGCCAUCUUGUGGCUGUCAUUUAUACUUUCGUUUUUUUAGUCGAUGUUGACGAACCGGAGAGGGUUGCGAAGAUAUACUUAGCUUAAUCAACUUUAACCAGGAAGAUACCAAAGCAAUAAGUUUUUUUUAACACAUUAAACGGAACGCAGGUAAAUUUUGCAGUUGUUCUGGAAAUUAUAUGGCUACUUUUUAAGUGUACUUUACACAGAUUCCAUACCUUCGGUCAACAUGAAAACCGGCAAGUCGCAAUGGAAACUCCAAUUUACCAGUUUCUUGCUACUUGGGGCCAUGACGUGGUCCCUUCAUCCUACCCUUGGAAAUGAAGAAUCUUCUUCCAGCUUAAACGACGCACUAUCUGCUGAUCUUGCUGAGCAAUAUAUGACGCCUACAGUAGAUCCAUCAAGGAUGCAUUUUGCAGAACACUUCGAUGACUUAUUCGAACACGGCAACAUCGAAAAGCGCUGGAUCAAAUCAAAAGCUAGCAAAGAGGAUGUUGCUGAAGAUGUUGCAAAGUAUGACGGUGAAUGGAAGAUUGAACAACCAAUUCGAGUCAUUUUAUCCGGUGACUAUGGACUGGUACUUAAAUCGAAAGCUAAGCAUGCAGCUAUUGCUUCCCACCUACUGUUAAAUAGACCGUUUGUUUUCAAAGACAAGCCAUUGGUUUUACAGUAUGAAGUCACACUCCAAGAGGGACAAGAGUGUGGAGGGUCCUACAUUAAGUUACUUUCUGAUGGAGAUAAUUUAAAACAGUUUAACGAUAAAACCCCCUACACAAUUAUGUUCGGGCCUGACAAGUGUGGUAAUGAUGUGAAGUUACACUUCAUUUUUCGUCAUGUAAAUCCAAUUAAUGGAAGUAUUGAGGAAAAACAUUGCAACAAGCAAAAAGAGAGACUAGAUGACCUAUUCAAAGACCGACGACCGCAUUUGUAUCAACUAAUUAUCCGUCCGGAUAACACAUACACUAUACGCAUCGACCACAAAACAAUUAACGAAGGUGAUUUGUUGUCGAAUGUGACGCCUCCGGUCAAUCCACCAGCAGAAAUUGAUGAUCCAAACGAUCUCAAACCUGAAAACUGGGAUGACCGUGAAAUGAUUCCUGACCCAGAAUCAAAGAAACCCCAAGAUUGGGAUGAAAACGAACCAGCACAGAUUCCGGAUCCUAAAGCAACGAAGCCGCUUGAUUGGUUAGAUGAUUUGGAAGAAAUGGUACCAGACGAUACUGCGAUAAAACCAGACGAUUGGGAUAACGAUAUGGAUGGGGAGUGGGAACCGCCACUCAUUCCGAAUCCGCUAUGUGCAAAAGCAGUUGGCUGUGGUUUGUGGAAAGCGCCAAUGAUUUCCAACCCAAAUUACAAGGGCAAAUGGCGACCACCGCUAAUUGCAAACAUUAACUAUCAAGGCAAAUGGGCUCCUAGAAAAAUAUCCAACCCAGAUUACUUUGAAGAUUUGAACCCCUUCCGAAUGACAGCAAUAGUUGCAGUAGGAAUUGAAAUAUGGUCCAUGUCUAACGAAAUACUUUUCGACAAUAUUGUAAUCACGGAUGAUGAAUCAGUAGCCAACGAAUGGGCAUCGCAGACGUUUGAUCUCAAAUUAAAAACUCUAGAUCGUCAAGCGCAAACUCUUUGGAAUCGGGCUUUAAGAUAUAUGAACUAUAAACCGGCAUACUGGGGAGCCUACUUUAUAUACUGUUCGAUACCGAUGAUAGCAUACAUAUGGUUUCUCUGGACACGACGAGACAAAAAGAACGAUGCGAAAACGGUGUCUGGCCUCACGAAAAAAACGGAUGACUAUACUGCGACGUAUGACAAAAAUGCGAGCACUGAGUUGGAUGGAGAACGGUCAAACAAAAACGAUCUGAAUGUAACAAAAAAUCAGCAUCAUGAUAGUAAUGCCCAAGAAGAAGAUGACGGAUUAGAUGAUGAGAAAAUCAGCGGAGAAGAUGAGCGCGAGCCUGAACAAUGGAAUGAUGAAGUGAAUGAUGGAAUGGUGAAUUUUGAUGAUAUCAAAAAUGUUGAAGCUGAAGAGGGCCUGAAAAAACGUAAAGCCAGAAGAGAUUAAAAUCGAUGUAAUUAUAAUUAU